UACACAUCCCUAGAAGAAGGCUCCUUGGUGCUUUAAAGAAUAUUCUGAAGAUUACAUAGGCGACAAUAUAUCAAGAACCUAUUUAUUGAACUCAUCUAGAACAAAAGCCAAGAGCUCCCUAAAGUAACCACAUUAGUGUUUAUUUUGAGGAGGAAAUAUAUAGAUUUGUUUAACAAUCAUAAAAUAGAUAUCUCAACCCAAAAGAUCCAUUUUGGAAGAUGUCACUGAACAACUCUUCCAGUGUAUUUCUGGAUUCAGUGCCCAGUAAUCCCAAUCGUUUUCAAGUUAAUGUCAUAAAUGAGAGCCAUGAGAACAGUGCAACUGUGAAUGAUAACUCUGACCCACCACAUUACGAAGAAACCUCUUUUGGGGAUGAAGCCCAUAACAGACUCAGAAUCAGCUUUAGGCCUGGGAAUCAGGAGUGCUACGACAAUUUCCUCCAAAAUGGAGAAACUGCUAAAACAGAUGCCAGUUUUCAUGCUUAUGAUUCUCACACAAACACAUAUUACCUACAAACCUUUGGCCACAACACCAUGGAUGCUGUUCCCAAGAUAGAGUACUACCGCAACACCGGCAGCAUCAGUGGACCCAAGGUCAAUCGACCCAGCCUCCUUGAGAUUCACGAGCAACUCGCCAAGAAUGUGGCAGUGGCCCCAGGUUCAGCUGACGGGGUUGCCAAUGGUGAUGGUAUGCCUGGAGAUGAACAAGCUGAAAACAAGAAAGAAGAUCAAGCUGGUGUUGUGAAGUUCGGAUGGGUGAAAGGUGUGCUGGUAAGAUGCAUGUUGAAUAUCUGGGGAGUCAUGCUCUUCAUUCGCCUUUCCUGGAUAGUUGGAGAAGCUGGAAUUGGUCUUGGAGUUCUCAUAAUUCUUCUUUCCACCAUGGUAACUUCUAUUACUGGGUUGUCAACUUCUGCAAUAGCAACUAACGGGUUUGUCCGUGGAGGUGGGGCCUACUACCUCAUUUCCAGAAGUUUAGGCCCCGAGUUCGGUGGGUCAAUAGGCUUGAUCUUUGCUUUUGCCAAUGCAGUGGCUGUUGCUAUGUAUGUGGUGGGAUUUGCUGAGACUGUGGUAGAUCUUCUUAAGGAGAGCGACUCAAUGAUGGUGGAUCCAACCAAUGACAUCCGGAUUAUAGGCUCUAUCACGGUGGUGAUUCUUUUAGGAAUUUCAGUAGCUGGAAUGGAAUGGGAAGCAAAGGCUCAAGUGAUUCUUCUGGUCAUUCUUCUCAUUGCUAUUGCAAACUUCUUCAUUGGAACAGUCAUUCCAUCCAACAAUGAAAAAAAGGCCAGAGGUUUCUUUAAUUACCAAG